CACUUUUCGGUUUCACGUGGAGGGAAAAGCGAAUAUGGCAGAGAUGCUGGAGCGUUUUGUGAGCCCCGGGAAAGGGAACGGUCUGCGGGCGACAGUCGGAAUCAGGAGAGGACAGUUGCUUUACUCCGCAGAGCCGCUGGCGUGUUGUGUGUCCAACAGACUCACGAAGGACGUCUGUCACCGAUGCUUCUCCAGACGCGAGACCUUGAUGAGAUGUUCCCAGUGUAAGACUGCUCGCUACUGCAAUACCACUUGCCAGAAACAAGCCUGGUCUGCGCAUAAGAGAGAGUGUAAAUGUCUGCAGAGCCUGAUACCCAGAAUUCCCACUGACUCGGUCCGUCUGGCUGCACGACUCAUCUUCGCUUUGUUGAGUCAAUCUACGGGUAGUAGUGAGGAGCUAUACACUUUGGAGGAGCAUGAGUCACACCUCAGUUUAAUGUCCGAGGAAAGGAAACAGGGUCUGUCUCAGCUGGCCUCUAUGUUAGAGCUGUACCUGCAACAGGAAGCGCCUGGCCUGGCACAGGAAGUGACAACGGCACUGCCGCCUUCUUGUCGAGAACCCCUCAGCCUUAUUGCCAAGGUGACGUGUAAUUGUUUCACCAUCUGUGAUGGAGAGCUGCAAGAGAUUGGAGUUGGGCUGUAUCCGAGUCUAUCUCUGUUAAACCAUGAAUGCAGGCCCAACUGUGUGAUGGUGUUUGAGGGAACAAACCUGCAGCUAAGAGCCGUUCAAGAUAUCAAACCUAAGGAGGAGCUCACCAUAAGCUACAUCGAGACCUUGUCUCUGACUGAGGAUCGACAGAGACAACUGGAGGAGCAGUACCUUUUUACCUGCCACUGCCAGAGAUGCAACUCUAAAGAUGCAGACAGGCUCAUGCUCUCUGGUGAAGAAACAACAUGGCGUCUGUUGAAGGACGCUCUUCCCAAACUGGAGGAACACAAAGCAGAGUUCAAUUGGGAAGCACUGCUGAAAAGCUGUAGUCAUUUGUUAUCAACCGUCGGUGUUGAUGUACCUGAUGAAAAUCUCUACAAGCUCAGAAUGACAGACAUGGCUUUGGAUGCCUGUGUUCACCUGGGACGCUGGGAGGAAGCUCUGGGAUAUGGAGAGAAGACUCUUCCAGUAUACAGACAAUACUUCCCUGAUCCUCAUCCAGUCCACGGAGUCCAGCUGGUGAGAGUCGGAAAGCUGCAGCAUUACCUGGAACACAUCGACGAUGCUUUGGACACGUUCAAACAGGCCUUUCAGAUCGUAAAGUUCACCCACGGUGAAGGUCACCCGUUAACCACCGACUUGCUGAUGAGGAUGGAAGAGUGUCGCGCAGAGCUGGAUCAGCUGUAAUCGAGCCGUCACCGACACAAAAAUACUGCUCUGCUUUACUUUACUGUCCUCGUUCUCUGGCGUUGCUAAUUAAUGUGAUUAAAUGAACAUAUUUUUUAUGCUUCUCUUCUUGAAGUGGAUUUUGUGGAACCUUGCAAUCUGUGUGUGUGCGUGUUUUCUAAACUUGCAUCCGUUCUCUGUACAUAUUCAUUACACAUACUUCCCGUGUUAA